AUGGAAACUUUAUAUCACCAAACAAACAAAUUAGUUCAAGAGACACAACAUCUUUUCUCGCUGCUUGAAAAGAAAACGCCUAACCUAGACCUUAAAGAAAUAGAAAACAGCAUAGAAUCAAAAAUAAACCUCAUCAACAGUAAUUGUGAAAGAUUGGAUGUAUUGUGCCUCAAAGGACCUAUAUUUCAAAGGCAAAAUGCUAAAAUGCGUGUAGAUCAACUAAAGUAUGAUAGUCGUCAUCUCACAGCUGCUUUAAACUCUUGGCGGAACAAAAUGCUUAAAAAGCAAAGAGAAGAAGCUGAAAGGGAAGCAUUAUUGUCUAGGACAUUUACCACAAAUGAUCAUGUUGAUAUUAUGAUAGAUCAUAAUGUACAACACAACUAUAGUUUAAAAAAUGCAAUUGGUGGUGUAGAUGAUCUCCUUCAAAGUGGCAGUAGCAUCUUGGACAGUUUGAGAUCACAAAGAAUAACUUUGAAAGGGGCUCACAAGAAACUGAUAGACAUUGGAAAUACACUAGGACUUUCAAAAACGACAAUGAGAUUAAUAGAGCAAAGAGCAAGACAGGAUGGAUUUAUCCUAGUUGGCGGAAUGUUGUUCACAUGCCUUAUUAUAAUUUUAGUCAUAAUUUAUCUUACAUAG